GUGGCAGGCGAUUGGCCGGCGCUCAGAGGCUUAAAGGGGCGCGCGAAUCCGCCCCAGCCUGUGGCCGGAGCCCGGGAACUUGGGGCGCCAUGAGUUGCAUCAAUCUGCCCACCGUGCUGCCCAGCUCCCCCAGCAAGACCCGGGGGCAGAUCCAGGUCAUCCUCGGACCCAUGUUCUCUGGAAAAAGCACCGAGCUGAUGAGGCGAGUCCGGCGCUUCCAGAUCGCCCAGAACAAGUGCCUGAUCAUCAAGUAUGCCAAAGACACGCGCUACAGCAACAGCUUCUCCACGCACGACCGGAAUACCAUGGACGCCUUGCCAGCUUGUCUGCUCCGGGAUGUGGCCCAGGAAGCCCUGAGUGUGGCUGUCAUUGGCAUUGACGAAGGGCAGUUUUUCCCUGACAUUGUGGAAUUCUGUGAGACUAUGGCCAAUGCGGGCAAAACAGUGAUUGUAGCAGCACUAGAUGGAACCUUCCAGAGGAAGGCUUUUGGCAGUAUCUUGAAUCUGGUGCCCCUGGCCGAGAGCGUCGUGAAGCUGACUGCCGUGUGCAUGGAGUGUUUCCGGGAAGCUGCUUACACCAAGAGGCUGGGCCUGGAGAAGGAGGUGGAGGUGAUUGGUGGAGCAGACAAGUACCACUCCGUGUGCCGCCUCUGCUACUUUAAGAAGUCCUCGGUCCAGCCUGCAGGGCUAGACAACAAAGAGAACUGCCCGGUGCUGGGAAAGCCCGGGGAGGCCUCAGCGGCCAGGAAGCUCUUUGCCCCUCAGCAGGUCCUGCAGUCCAGCUCUGCCAACUGAGGGCACCCAGGGUUUGCCAGCUGCUGCCCCAGGAUGGACUCUCAAGAGAGCAGACCUGGGCGGGCUGCUGUGCUUGAUGGACACCAUGCAGGGACAGGCUCAUCAGCCUGUCACAUCCCCCUCCUUACCCUCUUGUAGUUCCCUUCCUGGUUGCUAAGGUGACCCACCCCAGGCUGGAGCCUGUCUCUGGCUGGUAGUCAGGGUCUGACCAUUUCCCCGAGGUGAGGAGGGGAGGACAAAGCCACAGGCUGUUGUGACAUUGGUGCUGUUGGCUUCUUCCCCCUUGGUGGCUUUCACUGCUGGGUUUCUGUUCUCGCUGGUCCUCCAGCCCUCUUCAUUGCCCGCCCUUUGUGCUGAAAAUCCCUCCUAUGCUCCAGCAAUGGCCUGCAGAAUGUCAUCUUCCAGUGGUGGCACUGGCCCUGCUGGGGCUCAGACCCCUGGGGUUUGGCUCUUAAAGAGGGAGGGAGGGAGGAAGGAG